AUGACUCAACACAGUUUGGAGAAGCUCGAGAAAUACCUCCUCUUCUUUUUCUUCAGAGGCAUUUAUGAUGAGUCGAUCAGCCGAAAGAGAAGCUUCAGAGCCUUGGAUCCAGAAGGAGGGCGAGAGGAGGACCUCUUCCUCUGCGUAGCGUAA